CCACCUGCACCCUGGGAAGAGCGGUCCCGCAGGAUGGAAGGGCAGAGCGCCAGCCCUGGGCUGAGGCUUGGGACAGGGUGGCCUUCCCACCCCCUUAUCUAGAAGGUCUUAAGGGGCUGUGCACGCCAAGAUGAGAGCCUGGGGUCCUGAGAAUGAGGGGGGUCCUGGGUGGGAAGAGAGGGUGCUGUCAGGCCAGCACUGCCCACACCUGUGUCCCUCUCGAUCUGUGCGUCCAUCCGCCUGUCCCUCUGCCCACGGCUGACCGGCUUGUCCCUCCUCUGCUCAUGGCUGCAGCGCAAGGCUUGAACUGUCACCAGUGCAAGGGCUUUGGAGGGUGCACCCAUGCGUCCAGAUGCCCAUGGGGCUCCAACUACUGCGUCAGCAUCGCCACUCGAGUCCCCUUCAGUGUCGCUGACCUGCCUCUGGUGACCAAAUCGUGCUACAGUGGCUGCCCGGACAUCUCUACCCUUGGCCUUGGCCCCCACGUGUCCAUCGUCUGCUGCCAGUUCAGCCUCUGCAACACGGACUGACAGCCCCCCCACCCUCAGCACCCCCCCCCCCGGCCCAGGGCUAAGAGACGCCCAGAGCCCCAGGCUGAGGCUGCUCAGGCAGCUGAGAGGGGGCACUGGCUGGGGGGGCUGCUCGAGCAUCCCAGGGCUCAGAGCGGGAGGUCCUAAGAAC